CCAGGAGCUGGAGGAACUGGGAGUCACACGGAUUGGACAUCAGGAACUCAUCCUGGAGGCAGUCGACCUGCUCUGUGCUCUGGUGAUGAAAUAGGAAAUGUUCAUCCCAGAGCAGCUGUCUUGGACUGGAUUCACACACACAGAGCUGGCUAUGGCUCAGAAUCACCGGGCUUACUACACCUGCACUAGAAGGAGGGAGUAACACACUUUUCUUUUUGAAUUUGCAUAUGUGUGACUGUUCUUUACACACUGUGUGACUGUUCUUUACAUACUGUGUGGCUGUUCUUAACAUUCUGUUUGACUGUUAUUUACAUUCUGUGUAACUGUUCUAUACAUUCUGAGUGACUGAUCUUUAUGUUCUAUGUACAGUAAAUGUUCUUAAAAAAAUGUGUACCCAGUGGUUCUGUUCUGGCCAAUAAAUCAGCUUUAUACAUGCAUGCAUCUUACUAUGUGGAUCUGUAUGUCACUCAGUUUGUGUCUGUAUGUGUGUCUGUAUGUGUGUCUGUAUAUGUGGUUCAGAACUAUGGUCUUGAGACUGAGAACCUAAGGACUUUGUCCCACAAACUGAACGCGUCCUGUAAGAACCUCCAGAGCUUCAUCCUGGGUCGGAGGAGAGGAGGUCAUUACGAUGGCAGGGCAUCUCAUCGUCUCCCCAAUGACUUUCUGACCUCCGUAGUGGACCUGAUAGGAGCAGCUAAGAACCUCCUGGCAUGGCUAGACAGGUCUCCAUUCUCCAGUGUGACAGAGUACUCUGUUCUGAAGAACAACAUUGUUCAGCUCUGUUUGGAAUUAACUACCAUUGUACAACAGGACUGUACAGUGUAUGAGACAGAGAAUAAGAUCCUUCACGUGUGUAAUACUCUAGCCAGUAUCUGUGACCACAUCAUCUCCUUAUCAUCUGAUUCAUUGGUCUCCCAGUCAGCUCACCUGGAGGUCGUUCACCUUAGCAGCAUCCUGGCCAGUGAGGGACUGGGGAUGUACAUCAAGUCAACUUAUGACGGUCUUCAUGUCAUCACUGGAACCACAGAGAACUCACCGGCUGAUCGUUGUCAGAAGAUCCAUGCAGGUGACGAAGUCAUCCAGGUUAAUCAUCAGACAGUGGUGGGCUGGCAGUUGAAGAACCUGGUUUCAGCCCUGAGGGAGGAUCCAUGUGGUGUCAUCCUCACGCUGAAGAAGAGGCCGCACAACAUGCUAAACUCUGCCCCUGCCCUGCUCCGACACACACGCUGGAAACCGCUGGGCCUACAGCCGCUUCUCAACAGUCCCUCUACCUCUCCGACUCCCAGCAGUACCCUGGGAGGUUCAUCCAAGAUGGAUGUCCAGGACGUUUUCAUCCUCUCCCCUGUCUCUGGACUCUACGGUACCAGGGAGGAACUUGGUGUGGUUUCGUGUGAUGACAUCAGUAGGUACAGCGUGAGCUCCCAGUCCGGAGGUCAGGGGUCGGAGGUCAGCUACUUCCUGGAUCAGGAAAGUGGCCAGUAUUUCUCAUUGUAUGAGGGGGAUGUCCCCCCAGGACCGCCCGCCACACCCAGGACCGACUACAGGGUGCAGAACACGGGGGUCCGCCGCAGGGACAAGACCCCUACACAUGGUGACCUCAGGCCUGUCUCCAUGCCACCCGAGUAUAACUGGAUUGAACCCAUGGAGCCAGUCAUGGCCAAGAGAGGAAGCAGAGACUCUGACAACUCUCUCCUGCGUUAUUUGACGGACGACAAAAUCUUGGUGAUCCAGGAGGAACCAGAGGGACCAGGGAGGGAGAGGGUGAGAGACGAUACCAGCCGACAUUCACGGCGUCAGAGUCGCAACUCUAGCAGCCCUAGUUUUCCCCUCAGCCCCUCUUUCCUCUCCUCCACACUACGACUUGAUCAGAUGCCAGAUACUCUUCCUAGUGGUGGGGACACACUGCGAACUGAGACAACGCACAGGUAUUCUGUCUCAGGGAGUGAUCAUCGGCUAGGAGGGGCUUCUAUCAAGAAGUCGUUCCACUACACAUCUUUAAGAACCAAAAACAAAAGGAGAACAAAAGGUUCUCUGAGCAGUGCGAGUAGGAGGCGUAUUUCCUGUAAGGAUCUUGGUCAUGGUGACUGUGAGGGCUGGCUCUGGAAGAAGAAAGAUGCUAAAGGAUACUUCAACCUAAAAUGGAGGAAAUACUGGUUCAUCCUCAAAGAGUCCUGCCUUUAUUGGUACACAAACCAGAAUGAUGAGAAGGCAGAGGGGUUUAUUAGUCUUCCAGAAUUCAGGAUAGACAGAGCCAUUGAAUGCAGACGGAAAUUUGCCUUCAAAGCGUGUCAUCCUAAAAUCAAGAGCUUCUUCUUCGCAACAGACUGUCUAGAGGAAAUGAACAGGUGGAUGAACCGGCUGGGCCUUGCUGCUAUUGGCUACACCCCUGAUGAAAAGGUGCCACGAACUGAUGAAGACUACUGGAGUGAGAGUGACCAGGAUGAUGUAGAUGUUUCCAUGACUCUGAAAAAGGAAGGACCUUCCUCACUGUGUGACUCCUACCACCAUACUCCCUCAACUCAACAUCUCCAUAGUUAUGUGCUCCCUCGGUCUGUUAGUUCUAUGAGCCUCCUUCGCUCCUCCACCUCUCCAGUCCCUUCUCAAAUGUUAUCCUCCACCUCUCCAGUCCCUUCUCAAAUGUUAUCCUCCACCUCUCCAGUCCCUUCUCAAAUGUUAUCCUCCAACUCUCCAGUCCUUUCUCAAAUGUUAUCCUCCUCCUCUCCAGUCCUUUCUCAAAUGCUAUCCUCCACCUCUCCAGUCCUUUCUCAAAUGUUAUCCUCCACCUCUCCAGUCCCUUCUCAAAUGUUAUCCUCCACCUCUCCAGUCCUUUCUCAAAUGUUAUCCUCCACCUCUCCAGUCCCUUCUCACAUGCUAUCCUCCACCUCUCCAGUCCUUUCUCAAAUGCUAUCCUCCACCUCUCCAGUCCCUCCACAGAUGGUCUGUUCCACCUCCCCUCUACCCUGCCAGGUCAAUUCAUCCAGUCCCUUUUGUGAGGUCAUACAUGGCCGCCAUCACAGUGAAUCGACUCAUUCUCGAUCAUCAGCCGAGGAGCCACAGGGAGAGAUGGCCACUGACACCAGUACCGGUUCUGGAACCGGCAGCAUUGGAACUCAUUCCUCAGGGAGGAGGUCUUCCCACCGGGAAAGACGGUCCUGGCAGGAUCUGAUUGAGACCCCACUGACCUCUGCUGGCCUGCACUUCCUCCAGACGACCCCGAAAGGGUGUAGCAGGGGAUACAGUAGAGGGAUGGGAGGAGAAGGGGGUCAGGGGGGGACAUGUGUUUACCAGGAAGAUGGGAGGACACAGGGUCUGAUGAUGUCACCAGGACAGUGUCGCCAGGCGACCCUACCUGUUAGGAGAUACCAUGCAGACAGAGAAAGAGAUGGGCCCUUCCCUCUGGAGAGAGGACCACUCCCCCUCACACGCUCCCACCGGAGGUCCCAUAGGCAGCGCAGCCAGAGCCUGCCCAGGAGCAGAGCCCCUUGGUCGGGGAAGACCCUACAGCCCCCCCCUGGGAUGGAAGAGAAGAGUGAAGAGGAGGAGGGAGAUGGAGGGAAGCACAACAACCAAUCCAGCCAGGAUGUUCUUGUACCUGAGCCAAAGGAGACAGAGGGGCGAGGUAUACGAGAGAGACGUGUUUCUGAAGGGCGAGAGGUGGGGGAUGUGGAUGGUUUUGAGCAGCUAUACCGAUCGUUAGAGCAGGCCAAUGUCUCUGCCAUUGGAGAGCCUCGACCCUGCAGUAGACAGGAGCUCCGACGCGCCUUCACCCAACGCUGCAGAGACCCUCUCCUAAAUGACAGACUACACAGAGUACGAGCACUGCAGAGCACCUUGAAGGCUAAAGAGUCAGAGCUAGCAGUUAUCUGUGCACUCCUGGACCACCCGUCCCUAUCUGAUCCGGCUCUUGGCUCCCAGACUUUCAGACAGUGGAAACAGUGGAACAAGGAACUCUAUUCUGAUAUAUGUCUGAAGUCUGACCUGAUGACCUCUGGGACCAAUGGACAGGCUGACCUCUCACCUCUCAACCCCACCCUCAUAACACAUACACACUCCUUCAUUGAGACACAUGUCUAAAACACACACACUUCUUGAUCAACCACUAAAAGACACCACAACUGCUCUGUGAAUCUUCCAACAAUGUUCUUCAACCUUCUCUCUACUACUGUAGCUCACUUGGCCACUUCACAGAUCAACUGCAUUCCUCAACCCUGUCCUGUUCAGCCAAGUCAGAUGUUCAUCCCUGUCAUAUAUUCAGCCCUGUUAGAUGUUCAGCCAAAUCAGGUCUUCAGUCCAGUCACUUGUUCAGCCCCAUCAAGUGUUCAGGCCAGUUGGGUGUUCAACCAGUCACUUGUUCAACCACAUUAGGUGUACAACUCGUGUCAUAUAUUCUGCCUGUUCGGAUGUUCAGGUUAGAUGUGAAGACUUUUAAAAAUACAGCUGAAGAGAGUAGUAUAACUUUCAGUAAUACUUAGGAUUCCCAGGUGUGCUGACCGCCUGACUGAAGGCAUGAAAAACUCCAUGUCCAUGGAAUUCUGACUCAACUAGCUCACCUGAUUUAUUCUCUCAUUGAACAUAGCAAUACAGAUAGGAAACAUUCUCACCAAUGCACUGUACUUUAAUAACACAUUUUUAUCACAUUCUCAGCAAUGCACUGUACUUUUAUAACAGUUAUAACACACUCUCACCAAUGAACUGUACUUUUAUAACACAGUUAUAACACACUCUCACCAAUGCACUGUAUUUUUAUAACACAGUUAUAACACACUCUCACCAAUGCACUGUACUUUUAUAACACAAUCUCACCAAUGCACUGCACUUUAUAACACAUGUUGACCCGACAGCUAUGCACUCUGUCCAUCUCUGUCUGGUUAUCAUUAUAGCUCCAGUGUUCAUAUACAAAUAUUGUAGUUGUAGUAGGCUGAAAGAACCCAUAGGCCCAACCCUAACGCACUGUCUUAUGCCAAAGAGCAUGUCAUUCUGUCUGCAUUAAUCUGUCGCCUAUCUGCCAGAAUUAUUGGUUAGCUUGAAACUAGAUUGGCCAUAAUGUGAUUUCAUGGUAUUCAAAGAUAUGAAUUACAUGCCAUUUUCAAAUGUUUUUAAUUUACACAAGAACUACAUUGAUUAUCAGAUGUUUUAAUAAUAAGAAAAUCUACUUUAAUAUCAGCCCAGUUCCACAGUUCCAUCUUGUUUCAUCUGCUCCCACUACCCAGCUACUGGGCUUCCUCUCACCAUGGGGAGAGAAGAUAAUAUCAGUCGGAGGAUUCAGAUUUGGUGGGCCGUUUGGCUACAAAUUCUGUGACAUCUACCAAAUUCUGGACAAAAAUAUGUUGUGGAUCUAAGCUGCCCUAGACAACCUAACAGCACAGCUGUUGCCCAUGGAUCUAUGGCUGCCCAGUAAAAGGCUUGCCGACAAGCAUUUUGACACAUGCCCUGUGAUCAUGUCGCCGUGCUGCCCAAAGGCAUGAACACUGACUAAUUGGUAUGUAACUGUACAUAGUGACCAAUAUCCCAAGUUAUCUUACACAUCAAAAUAAAUAUAUAUGUCACUGUGUGACAUCACCUGGA